GUAUCUGGGGGAACUGGCAUGCUUUCAGCUGCAGGGUUGGCUAGUGGGCUUUCUGGAACUGGGAAAUCUAAAACCCUUGGCCUUGCUCCACCUCCUAGUGGAGGAAAGAUUAGGUCUCCUCUUCCGCCCCCACCCACCGAUCUUGCUGCUGCUAGGAUUAAUUCUUCCAAUCAUGACACUGCUCUAAAGGGAUCCAAGGAAACUGUGAAGCAGUCAAAUGAUCCUUUAUCUGAUCUCUCUCAACUUGAGAGGAACCUUCCUGCCGGUGCUGGAUCAGGGUCUGCCAAAACCUCUGCAGCCGGCUGGGCAGCAUUUUGAUAAUAUUUGGUACCUUUGUUGGUUGUCAUACUAAGAAAGAUGAGUGUGAAAGUAAAUUUUAUGUCAAAGAAAAUUCAUCAUUUGCUCAAUUUUUGGAAAAUAAUGGUUCUCAGAAAUCGGUGAUAUACGCAGUUGACAUGGUGUCUCCUUUUUUCUUUUCUUUUAUUUUUAUUUAUUUAUUUUUUUUAUUAUGCAAAAUAAAAAGAAUUGUUAAGAGGA